AUGGUGGAGGUGCGUUACCUGCUGGCUAUCUGGCGCUACCGCAAUCGCGAAAUCUUUCUCGAGGGCUGGGACGCCGUCCGGCUCGAGCUGGUGCGGGUGUAUUUCUGGUUCUACGGCGUCCUCGUGGCCGGUUUCGCCCUCGUCUUCUACCACCUGGACCACCUAGGCUCGAUCGCCGUCAUCUUCCAAGCCUACUGGUGCCCGCAGAUACUCCACGACGCGCGCCACGGCUGCAAGAACUCGCUCCGGACUAAGUUCGUGGUUGGCAUCUCCGUCACUCGGUGCUUGGCCGUCCUCUACCUGUGGGGCUGCCCCACUCCUGUCUUCGACGGCGACGUCUAUCCGAGCUUACCGCGCUCACCCAGCUGGACGGUGUGCGUCAUGGCGGUGGUGGUGCAGGCCUUGCAGCUGGCGGUGAUGGCAUCCCAGAGGGCCUUUGGCCCGCGCUGGUUCGUGCCCAGGAUUUGCUUGCCUGCUGCGUACAACUACCAUCGCCCCGUGGACUUGAGGCAGGCUGACGAGUGCGUGAUCUGCAUGGAGGAGCCGAAAGCCAGAUUCUCCUCGAAUGAACACGGCCUCCAGGAAAGGAGAAUAGCAGGAGGAGAAAAAGGAGGAUGA